UGCUCUCUUAUCCGAUUCCCCGUCACUCAUUUCUCUCUGCUAUUCGUCUCUCAAAUUGAUCCUCCCGCCAUAAACCAAAUCCCUCGACGUCUCUGAGAAGAACUAUUCGGAUCCCUAACCAUUGCAGAUUUCCCCUUUUUUUCGCAGUCAUAGAUAUGAAAUCUGGCCUCUUUACAAUUGGUUUCUCCACGAAUAGAAGCUUUGUUCCGCAUGUCAAACAGUUUCCUAUGCUUAAUGGAAAGAUUCCACGGAGCAUCUCUACGUACCAUUCAUUUUCGAAGAAGGUAAAAUCGUGGUCCAACAGAGGAAUACCAAGGAUCAUGUGGCGUAAAUCUCAGAUGAAUCGCUGUCGAUUGGAGUUCAGGAGGCAAGCUGUCUUUGACAGUGGAGAUAUUGUAGUGGCAAGCAGGUCUUCUUUAUGUACAUAUAAGGUUGAAGAAGAAACUGAAUCGUCAACAUUGCUUUUGUCUACCAUAGUUAACAAGUGGAAUCAGUUGUAUGUAACAACUAUAACAGGGUUGCUAGCGUGUACUCUUCUAUUUGUGCCAUCAGCUGAGGCAGUUGAUUCCCUCAAGACAUGUUCUUGCCUAUUGAAGGAAUGCAGGGUGGAACUAGCAAAGUGCAUUGCUAACCCUUCUUGCGCUGCAAAUGUUGCAUGUCUGCAAACCUGCAAUGAUAGGCCCGAUGAGACUGAAUGCCAGAUUAAAUGUGGGGACCUGUUUGAGAACAGUGUUGUAGAUGAAUUCAAUGACUGUGCAGUCUCACGUAAGAAAUGUGUUCCAAGAAAAUCAAAUGUCGGAGAGUUUCCUGUGCCCGAUCCAUCUGUUGUUGUCAGAACGUUUAAUAUAUCAGAUUUCAGUGGGAAGUGGUACAUAACAAGCGGCCUAAAUCCUACUUUUGACACAUUUGACUGCCAAUUACAUGAGUUUCACGUGGAAUCAGACAGGCUCGUGGGAAAUUUGUCUUGGAGGAUACGUACACCAGAUAGUGGUUUCUUCACUAGAUCCACCGUCCAGAGAUUUGUACAAGAUCCUUCGCAGCCUGGGGUACUCUACAAUCAUGACAAUGAGUACCUCCACUAUCAAGAUGAUUGGUACAUUAUUUCAUCAAAGGUAGAGAACAAAGAAGAUGAUUAUAUAUUUGUAUACUACCGAGGUAGAAAUGAUGCGUGGGAUGGGUAUGGAGGUGCAGUUGUAUACACAAAGAGUGCUGUUUUACCUGAAAGCAUAGUUCCUGAACUAGAAAAGGCCGCAAAGAGUAUUGGACAUGAUUUUAGUCAGUUCAUCAGGACAGACAAUACCUGUGGCCCUGAGCCUCCCCUUGUGGAAAGGCUGGAGAAAACGGUAGAGGAGGGAGAGAGAACGAUUAUAAGAGAAGUAGAACAGAUAGAAGGAGAGGUUGAGGAGAUUGGAAAGACUGAAGUGACGCUGUUACAGAGGCUUGCAGAUGGAUUCAUGGAAGUUAAGCGGGACGCUGAGAAUUUACUGAAAGGGCUGAGCAAGGAAGAGAUGGAGCUGUUGGAUGAUCUAAAGAUGGAAGCGAGAGUAGUUGAAAAUGUUUUCGGCCGAGCACUUCCAUUGAGGAAGCUAAGGUAGCUGAACAUGGUCGAGUGGGUCUCCAAAGAUCUGAAAGCAGAAGAAUCAAGAAUCAAGAAAGUUUUCGAUCCGGCUUCUCCCUUUAGGACGUCAAAGGGGUUAGAGAAGGAUUGUUUCAAGAUGCCAACCAAGAUUCAAGCUUGUGGGCUGGAGUGGUUCUCAUAAUUGGAUGCCAGCAGCAUACUGAAUUCAAGAAAUAGUAUGUAAAGAGUCCUAUCUUUCUAUUUUUUUGUUUCUUCACAGCACUGAAUAUUUUUCUGUGGAUGCAUUUCAUGAGCUAAGGUUGUGAUAAUUCAAAUAUUCUUAGAGAACCACAGGUUGACUACUUA